UAUCAAAAAUAUCAGAGUUUCCAGUGUCGAAAAAAGAUUCUCCAGAUUUACCAAGCGUAGUCCAACAGGAUGUGACAGAGAAAUUAGAUCAGACACAGUUGAUUAUUUUAAUCGGAUCUACAAUUGUUGUUCUUUUCGCUGGCAUCCUUGUUUUUAGCGUGAUAAUAACGAGAAAAAUGCUCUUGAAAAAAAGACGAAGUGAACUCCUGCGCCUUCCUGCUGUUCCGAGAACAGAACCUAGUCCAUAUGAAACCAAACUGACCUUCUCAAAUGAUCCGUACAAUGAUCCCGGUUAUGAUUUUGUUGAAGAACAAGACGACAAUUAUGAACAUUUGCCUGAACUAAGGGAAGAAAAUGAAACUACAACUGACAAUUGCAAGGAGCGAAUGAGUGUAGCUUCUGACUUGGAUCCUAAAAACCUAGAUGAUACAUAUCUAGAAGUAAUGCAUUCCUCAAAUGAAGAAAGUUAUGAGUUGAUAAAUGAUCCCGUUGAAAGUACGACUACAAGGGAAGAAAACGAAACUACAAUUGACAAAGAGCGAAUGAGUGUAGCUUCUUACUUGGAUCCUAAAAAACUAGAUGAUACAUAUCUAGAAGUAAUGCAUUCCUCAAAUGAAGAAAGUUAUGAGUUGAUAAAUGAUUCCGUUGAAAGUACGACUACAAGGAAAGAAAACGAAACUAAAAUUGACAAAGAGCGAAUGAGUGUAGCAUCUUACUUGGAUCCUAUAAAUCCGGAGAGUAACUAUUUUGAAGUAAUGAAGUCUUCAAACGAUGAAAGUAAUAUGAAUGUCAAUCCCUACACAGAGUUGAUAAAGGAUUCCGUUGAAAGUACGGAUAGAGCGCAAGUUAAUUAUGACGUGCAAGAAAAUGAGGAAUACAGUAACGGCCCUGAAGAUACAAAACAUCAGGAGAUUGAUAAUUAGAAGAAAUAUUGAAACCAAAGUUUACCUUUA